UGGAGUCCGAGCUGAUAGUCUCCUUUCGGUACCUAAUAGUAGUCCCUAGUACUGUGACAGUGCUCGUCACCCUCGGAACAUGUCAGGUCCGGGAGGUGGGAGGCACCGUCCAGCCAAGGACCGACGGGGAGCAGCGGGAUCUCAAACGCUGGCGCUGGAUAAUACGGCUCACCGGUAGCCUCGGGUUCCACUGCUCCGCCCAAGGCUUCCGUCCAGGCUCCGGAUCAACCCUCCACAAGGGAUGGCUGAAAGGAAUGCUUGAAAUGAAGGACGGUAUGGCGUCCUAGGUCUUCGGAUGCCAAUGGUACAUCGCCGAGUUAGUGGCCCAGCUGUCGACCGUCACUGUGCAGCGAGUGAAGUCGAACAGUUCGACAGGAUUGAAUUCUUCGCCUUUCGUUCCGAAUCAAUUCUCCGCAAGGGAUGGCUGAGGAAUGCACGAGAUGGUGAACGGUAUGGUGUCCCAGGUCCUCGGAUACCGGCCUCUGAUUUGGCCUCGCCGGGGUCGUGCUUGGCUGUCUACCAGAUUCCUAUCCCAUGCCCAAGAAGAAAGGGGUGCGAGGGAAGAAUCGAACUGAGGGCCUCUCAGGUAUGUCGUGGUCGCCUGCUCCUCCCGCUCCGUUAUACUACACUACCCAUUGGGGGUGAAAGUAGGAAGGGAGACUUGACUUAUGAUCCACAGACGCAUCAUCAUGUGGGAGAAGGUCGAACUAUUUCCUCAAAGAGCCUGAUGUUGGGGAACAUUCCUUGCAGGGUGUCCCACUCUGAGUGGAUAAGGGUCGUUAAUCUUUGGCAUAUACGGUCGAUACCUGGUAUGUGCGCACAUCGCAAGCAAGGGAAGCAUCAGCGGCAACAGCCACGAUGUCAUCUGCAUAAUGGGGCUGACCCCUCCUCGCUUGUGGUGAACACACAUCUCAAGCUUGAAGACGGCCAAGACGCCUGGUAGCGAUGCCGCUAACGUGUGAAGACAACCUCUCCUGCCAGCUUGUUCCAAAGCCUCAAAAGACUUCCAUCUUCCACGUUCCAUCAGCGUUCCAACUGCCAGCUUGGCAGCAUAUCCCCUCAUGCCCGGGAGAGAUGCCAUAUCUCUUUAGCCGUUGGCUGUGUAUAAUAGUGGGCACGGAGGCCAGUAUAACACUGAUUUCUGACGGUACUAGUAUUCCACAUCCGGUACAGCUGUUGAGAUACCAUUGGGC